AUGACCUGGAACUGGUAUCCUUUCAGCACGCUGAAGACCUCUUUCAACACGGCACCAGCCAUUGCUGACAUCAACAGCGAUGGCCUGCCGGACCUGGUACUUGGGCAUGGGUGUCAGCUGGACCUGUAUCUUGGACACGGGAACCACUCCCUCACGCUUACGGCUUCUUACCAUGGCUUCCUGCCCGGCGCAGCCGGUUGUUCCAUAGUGCCCACGGUUUGGGAUUGGGACGGUGAUGGGGUGCAGGAGGUGAUCGUGGGAGACCACGCGGGCAAGCUGUAUCAAUGUCGGUUCCUUGGAAACCUGACGUGCGAAGCCUUUCAAGGUUACGGAGCUGGGAAAAUGGCUUCACCGGCCGCGUGCGACUGGGAUUCGGAUGGAGUUCCUGACCUCAUCGUACAAAGCGACCUUCAGGACCUCGCCUGGUUUCGGAGAGGCGCGCUGCCAAAUGCACUGGAGGCACCUCACGCGCCCGCGCUGCACAGCCUUGACGUGGGUGAGGAUGCUGUGCCGGUCUUGGUCGACUGGGACCAGGAUGGUGACCUAGACCUGAUAGUGGGAAGCGCUGAUGGGAAGCUGUGGUAUUUCCCUCAAAGAGAUGGCAAGUUCGAGUCUGCAAAUACGCCUGACGGGCCUUUUGCUGACGUGGAUGUCGGGUCGCACUGUGCGCCUGCAGCUGUCGACUGGGACUCCGAUGGCUUCCCGGAUCUGGUGCUUGGCAAUGGCGAGGGCCGAGUGUUUCUACUUCGCGGCCGCGGAAGCGCAAAAGCUGCAGUACUGGAGGAGCAGAGUCCCUUCGCGUCUGUGGAUCUGAAGAAGCCAGUUCACCCGGCCAUGGCGGACUGGGACCACGAUGGUGACCUGGAUCUCCUCGCGCUGGCCGAAGGGCACAUCCAGUACUUCAGGAAUGAGCACGGAAAGUUCACACAGGUCCCCGAGUCUUCGAGUCCCUUCUCGCAAGUGGGCGACGUGCUUCGCCGACAAGGGCUCUCAGCCGCGGGUUCCCUCUGCUUGCAGGCCAUGGAUGUUGACUCCGAUGGAGACUGGGACCUCGUCGUUGGGGCCGCAAUCCUGGAGCAGCUGUCGGACGGGACCCUCAAGUAUGUCACGGCAUCGGAUCACCCGUUUCCUAGCAGCUGGUCUUUGCUCCAGGAUGGGCCUCCGUGCCUCACAUAUGGUGAUUUGGACAUGGAUGGCAUUCCAGAUCUUGCGAUGGGCUUCAAGGAUGGGAGGUUAGACUUGGGACUUCGCAAAGCGAGCAGUGCCAGCCUUGGGACGCCUCAGCUGGGCCACGAGAAUCCUCUGAUUAGCCUGGGGCUUCCAGAGGGGCCUAAAUCUGCUGGCGUCGUGGACUGGAACUUGGAUGGCCUCCUGGACCUUGUCGUUGCCUCGCCUGGAGCAGUGCGGCUCUUCCUGCGCCAAGCUGAUGGAUCCCUCAAGGAAGAAACGGCGGACCUGCUCUCCAAGUGGACAUCUGAAUCAUUGUCAAUCGUAACUGCGGACUGGACAAUGGAUGGAGCCGACGACCUCAUCUUAUUUCAGGAGAGGGGCUUGCUUCUUCUGGAGCGCCGGGGCUCCAACUUCCUGCCACCCGUUCAGGUUCUCAGCUGGCCAGAUGACAUGGGCACUGUGGUAGGAGGUGCUGUGGCAGACUGGGAUUCAGAUGGCCGCCUCGACAUUCUUGCGGGGCUUGCGAGCGGCAAGCUGCUGUACUGGCACCAGGAUAAAGAGGGGAAGCUGCAGCUCCUGCCCGAGGCCUUGGUGCCGGACGAGAGCAGCUUUGCAGAGAUCAACUUCGAAGGCCCAGUCUGGCCCGCGGUGGCAGACAUGAAUGCGGAUGGGAAGCCGGACCUGGUCUUGGGCGUGGCCCCGGGCCAACUGCGCUUGUACCUGCAGGAAGAUGGAGGGAAGCUGGUUUCCAGGCACACCCUCGAUGGCUUUCAACAACACGUCGUGCCGGUCAUCGCAGACUGGAACGGGGAUGGUGGUCCUGAAGUCAUCCUCGGCACUGAUGCAGCCGAUCUGCCCUAUCUCGAACAGCGGUGUGAACUGACAGAUGCCUGUUUCAGCGAGUCGGGCCUGUGCAGCUCCAAGAGCCAGGUUUGUCAGUGCUUGCCAGGUCAUGCUGGCGUCGACUGCUCCAAAUGCGCACCAGGCUUCAGCGCCACGCCACGAAACUCCGAGAGUGGCCACAGCUGCUACCCCUGCCCCAGCGCACCAGAUGCUGGCAUCUGCUACAAGCGAGGGGUUUGCGUGGAUGACAACUACGUGCAGACGGCGGCGCUCCUACACCAGAAGGCAGAACCAUGGCUGCUGCGAGGAAAUGGCAGCUGCCUCUGCAACCCCAACUUCUUCGGGGAGGACUGCGGACAGGGAGCGUGUCCUCGCGGGCAAGAGCCGACUGUGGAUCUGACAUUCAGGUCCACUUACUGCCGACCGUGCCAGAGUGGUUUUGGCAAGGAGGAGUCGGGUAACCAUGCCUGCAUUGCUUGCCCACCCGGAACGGCCUCAAGUGACAGCGGCCUCUGCGUCCCUUGUGCAGAUGGCCUGUUCCAGGCACUCUCCGGCCAAGGCAGCUGCAGCAAAUGCGAAGCUGGACAGGCCCCAAGCAGUGAUGGCACACGCUGCAAGAGUUGCCCUCCUGGCACCUCGGCACUGCCUGGCGAUCGAUUUUGCAAGCUCUGUGGCCUGGGCCAGUACCAGCCCAGCAGCGGCCAAGGCAGUUGCAUCCCCUGCUCUGCCGGGUCCCAGACAGAUAUGGGGCAAACAUCCUGCAGCUUUUGCCCCUCAGGAACAAUGGCUGUUUCAGGUGAGUGCCAGCAGUGCCCAGCCUUCACAACAUCAAGCAGCAGUGGGACUCAAUGCGUAAUCGGUUGGGCUUCGCUGGUGGGCGCCGUCGUGUUCACGCUGCUCACGCUUGCAUUCUUCAAUCUCCUGGUUUUCCUCCCGGGAGUACGAAGGAACAUUGCCGACAUCACCUGGUCCGUAGUGGAUGAAGCUGUCAUAGUCACCAUGCAAAGCCCGCACCACUUCGGCCCGAAGCUGCUGAAGGUCCGCCUCCAAGACGUCGGCGUUCCCUGGCUCGACCCAUCUGCCAAGACUCCUCACUUCUUCGUGAAGAAGCUGUCCCACUCACAGCUUCAGCUUUUCUCGGAGCCGAAGAUAGCCUUGACUGUACCCACUGAAGCUUCCCGUGGAACGCUGAAGCCGGCCUUCAUGGCAGAAGCCCUUGGGACCGUUUUGUUCGGCUUCCCAAUCUGCGUAUGGCUGGCCAUCUGUGCGUUAGGCAUGAUCCUCAUCGUGAGUCUCUUGCCCAUUCCAUGGUGGUAUCUGCUGCUAACCGUUUGCCUGGCCUUCGCCGUGACUCUGGGCCUUCAGAUUCGACGUGCCAGGCACGACAGCCGCACGCCUCUGCACGGUCUCCUCUGCCAGUUUCAAGAGCAUCUCCACACAGUGAACCCCCAGCCUGCCUCUUGCGAUCCGGGCGCACAGCGCGCACUGAGUGUCGGGCAGAUCUUGCACUUCAACGGGUUCUUCAGAUCGCUCAUCCAACACAGGAACAUGUACUACGUUUGCCCGAGCAUCAUCAAGCCCCUGACGAAAACGUCACAGCUCUCCUUUGCCGAGCUCGCGGGCUGCGGAAUGGUGGACUGGUUCAUCUCUCACUUCUGGGGCCUUCCGUUCAAGGACUUUGCACAAAGUCUCCGCACGCACGCGAUGUACGUGGACGGAAAUUGGGAAAAGAUCCGGUAUUGGAUCUGUGCCUUCAGCCAGAACCAGUGGCGCCUGAGUGAGGAAAUGCCUCCCGGAGCGCUCAGGGAGUCCUCCUUCCACAAGGCCCUCAUGGCGCCCAGCUGCCAGGGGACUGGGCUGAUGAUGGACUUGGAACUCACCCCUCUGACGAGGUCCUGGUGUCUCUUCGAGAUGUUGCAGACCUUCAACUUGCAUGAGCGCGGCCUCACUGGCGGAUUCGCGGCUGUGAAUUGCAAGCUUCGAGCUGAACUUCGCCUGGUCUUGGAGCAGACUUCCCUGCGGUUUGGUGACGACUUGAACGAACUCACGUCGCAGCUGUUCGAGCGGCAAACGCAG